UGGAGAGAGCCAGGAGGUAGAGAAGCGCCGAUACAAAGGCCAACCUUCCCCCGCCCGAGUGACAGCCCGAUGCACGCGCCACGGUUUGUUGUUGUCAAGAUUUGCCAUUUUCCUUCGCGGCCCUAACAUCAACAACAACAAGAUUAGCCAUUUAGAAAUUCAUGUGAAUGGAAGCAACUCGACUACUUUUUUUAGUGGUGAACCCAUUCAUUAUUGUAGCAGCCAUGCAGCAAGUCAACCUGAAAUAGAAAGCACACCAGUACUACAGUAUAAUGAAUAACGUGGAAUUCUACAUUUCCCUCCUAAGUGUCACAGUUGUCCAUGGAGGCCACCUGACCAUCAACUGGACACAGGUGGGCAGUUUGCCCAUAGGCUGGGAAACUCAUUUGGAUAACCCACCUGGAGUUCCAUUGGCCUUCUGUUCCUGUGACUUGACCUCCAACUUCUGUGACCUCAGUUGCUGUUGUGACAAGGAUUGUUACAUCACUUCUGCCACCACCUCCAGCUGCUUGUCUUCUGAUGCACAGGACCAGAGACAGGAGCUGGCUGGCCCAUACAUGUGCAAGUACUUUGGCCCAUUUGCUCCAGAGUGGCGCAGUUUUUUCUGUCCAGUGAAAGAAAACACUCCAUACCUGGGCCUUUUUUAUCCACCACACCAGAUUAUUAGAGACUUCCAGAAAUUCAUGUCAAGAGUGAGUCAGCAAUAUUACAGUUACAAGGAGGAGGGGGUGCGUGCUGCUGAUCAGGAAUACCAUCACCAUUAUGUCUAUGGUGAGCAAGUAGUGGUGGGGAAGGAUGUUGGUGGAACAGUGGUGCAGGGGCCACUGCUGCUCCCCCAGCCUGUGUUGGCAGGUGUUUGUGUGGAUACCUUCCCUGUGCAUUUCUUGGAGGACCUGAGUCAUAAGUGUAGUAUCAGUGUGACCUCAGAAAAAUGUGGAACUGAGGCAGCUCUGAGUGCAACAAGUUACCUCCAGCCAUCACAAGGUGCUGCCUCGGGCUCACCACCAGGCUUCUGGCAGGUCAUAGGAAACCUGAGCAGCCUGGGAUUAUUGAAUGCCUCGGUAGAGUAUGAGUGGAUGGAAGAUAUUACAAGAUUCAUCAAGGUGCAGGGGGGAGGCAUACCCACUGCCAGGAGUCAAGACACAUCAGCCACCCUUGAGGAGAGUACUAUGCCUUACCUUGAUGCAGACAGUGGCUGGUGUAACAAUGUGGUGUUGUCUGUUGGAUACCACUUUGCAUGGGAGGGACCAGCCAUAAUUGACAUUGCUGUGACCAUUACCCUGGGCAACAUUCCUGUGUCCCCAGAGCAUGAGGAAGAUACAUGCUCCUUCACUGAAAAGAACCCAGCUUGUUCAGCACCAAGGCUUACCCCUUUCUCAGCCACACCUCAAGUCUAUCUCCUCCAGCACUUCUUGGUCAAGUUCCACCACAUUGGCUCCUCCGGUAAUGCCUCGGGGAACUUCAGCGAUCUUGAUUGGCAAGCGGAUGACAUCGGGACCCCAAGCCUGUCAGAGCGGUCUGGCAAUGCUGGCUACCUGACAUCCAAACCUCUCCUUGCUGGUUUUGUCCUGUACAACUCAACAGAGGAAGAAAACAGCUCAGCAAGUGGCAUGCUGUCUGUGGCUUUGAAUGACUCCACAGGGCUGUAUGUGUGGAGGCCGGAUGAGAGUGGGAGCUGCCACACAUCCCGCCUAGAGAAAGUAACCUUUGGGAUCGACACAAUUUCUUCCUGUCAGUACUCCUGGUCUGAUGCGUCUUGCUCUGAUCUCAAGGGAAUGCUAGAGGCGGCUCUUUAUUCACUGGUACAAGCCGAGGUCAUCAGCACUUUUGGUUGGCCUAACAUCACCAGAGAGGAAGACUUCUUGCCUAUUAUCUUUGGGCAGCACAAAGACAACACCACUACUGGCACUGGAUGUGAUGUUCCCUCCUCCCUGGAGUACUGGAUCAUCUACCAGGAUGUUCUAGAUAAUCCUGGCCCAGCCCAAGCUGUGCACCAAGUGGUUGGUGCCUCUGCCAGGCUGAAGUACCAGACCCUUCACUUCUCCAGCAACAUAAGCUCAGGUUCACAUCUCCUAACCUCUAGUGCAGUCUUCUCUCGUCACUCCAAACCCUCAGGCUUGUCCAGGUUCUGGGAAGCCAUGGAGGACCGCUGGUGUGAAAGAGAAACCUGCUGAGAAAUACUUUGGCCCUGGACUCACAGUUUGCCAAGGAUGGGGUUGAUUGGAGACAUUUACCAGUCUGGUUUUCUUGCUGACUUGCUGGCUCAGUCCCUCCUUGCUCUGGCAGUGUUCUUCCCCCCUCUUAUUGUCACACUCACCCAAGGUGGUAGGCUCAUAUGGUGAGUGUAUGUAUGUGUUCUUACCUAAUUGUAUUUUUAUAAGUCUUGUAGGUCAUCACAUCCCUUACAGUAGAAUGACAUCACAUCUGGGCAUAAUCACAGUAACACUCACUUAGUGCUGCAGUCUUGUAGCUUCCUAUCAUUAUCAUCUUAUUUCACAUAAUCAUAAUACCCAUCACUUAAUUUAGUACAGUUGUCUUGUUGAUCCUUAUCAAUAUCAUAGCCAUCGCACUGGAAUCCAUCUGGUUAACCAGUGUGACAUCAGUUGCAUAAAAUUUACUUACUUCUAGUCUAGUCAGUGGAGUAUCAGGUGUGCAAUAUUUCUCUCUUCUUCUGGACUGUACCUAUUCUCAAACUCCACUACACCUCCACUACUUUCAAAGGUUGCAGUUGAAGCUAAAUGGGUUUUUAAGGAUGGUUUUAUAUUUUAGUGGCAGAUCAGCAAGAUUUCUACAUUCUCAAAAGGAGAAAUAGUCUUGAGAACUUGACUAAUCAUCUCUUUUGUCUUUGAAAAUAGUCAUGGGCAGAGAGCAAAGUUUUGUGUCCUUUGCACACACAGCUUUGUUAGUCAAUAACUAUAUUUCCUCAUCUUUGUUUUUAUUCUUUUUCAAAUACAAUUUUUUACAUA